GAGACCAAUUUAAUGUGUCCUGCUCGGAGGACGGCGCAUAUUGGCUUUUUUUGAUCAACAUGUGAUUGUAGUUCGUUGUCAACCUUACCACGGUACUUAGGAGACGUAAUUUGUGUCUGAAUAACGUUUUGUUCAUCAGUUAUUGAUCCAUGAAAUCCGAAUCUGCCAAUAUCGUUCUAACUUUACUGAACUAUAUUAGUUCCGAUUAUGCUGUUCUGCCUGCAACAACCAGUUUAGCCAGUUCUUGACACACACAACAAAAACCGAUGUGUUUUUCUCCACUACGCCGCCAGCUCUGAGGUUAUUCCGCGACGAAGUCCUGCUGCUUUCAUAGUAACAACAGUUUAUAACCCGUAGUCAACGAUGAAUCCCGAAUAUGACUAUUUAUUCAAGCUGCUCCUGAUCGGGGAUGCUGGUGUCGGAAAGUCUUGCCUCCUCCUCCGGUUUGCAGAUGAUACGUACACAGAGAGCUACAAAUUAACCAUCGGUGUGGACUUCAAGAUCAGGACCAUCGAGCUGGACGGAAAGACCAUAAAACUUCAGAUUUGGGACACGGCUGGUGCGGAACGUUUCCGCACCAUCACGUCCAGUUACUACAGAGGAGCACUAGGCAUUAUAGUAGUUUAUGAUGUGACAAAUCAGGAGUCCUUCAAUAAUGUCAAACAGUGGCUACAGGAAAUCGACCUUAACGCCAGCGAGAACGCCAACAAGCUGCUAGUAGGCAACAAGUGUGACCUCAUGAAGAAAGUCGUGGAUUACACCACAGCUAAGGAAUUUGCCGAAAACUUGGGCAUCCCCUUCUUGGAGACCAGCGCCAAGAGCGCCACCAACGUGGAUCAAGCCUUCAUGACCAUGGCGGCGGAGAUCAAGAAGAGGAUGGGCCCCGGGGCCACGGACGGGUCCUCGGAGAAGUCCAACGUGGAGAUCCAGAGCAAGCCGGUCAACACCUCCUCCGGAGGCUGCUGCUGACCCCCAUAUCUGUGAUGGUUUCAUCUGAAUAAUACCCAGAGAGAGACAUUUUGAAACAGCCUAUCUCCUCGCUGAUGGUCUUGUUUGCUCAUAUCAUGUAAAGGCAUCAGCACUAUAUUGAUUGUUUCAUAAACACAAGAUGAGAAAUCUGAGUUCUUCUUUCA